AUGAUUCAUAAUUGUAAUUCAGUUGCCCCUCUCACAUUCUCGUGGCACACUCUUUUGUCUUCUAUAAGCAAUUCAGUACUUGAAGACCCGGCUGUGUAUCUUGAUCAUGACUCACUCCAAUGCUACAUUCAUGGUGGCAAGUGCGACGCGAGAGGCGAUGGGCAUAUUAUUAAGAAAAUGAGUACAGAUCUCAUAAGGAUAGAUUUGUCUCGUUUUUUGAUCACGUCUCCUGUUAAAAUAGGGACUUCAUCAGGAGGUCUUAGAGUAUCUUUAGAGACUGCAGCACCAAAGUCGAACUUGAAUGAAGCUUCCGCAUUCCAUUUGUUAUACACAGAUAAUCCCAUCUCCAAGUGUCCUUUGAUCACUUCAGAGGCAGAUUCAGGGAUUAUAUCAAACCAGCCUGUCCUACGCCAUAGUCAUAUUUUGUUUCGGCAUGGCUCAUUUCUCGUUCUUCACGGUGGUUGGGACGAUAAUGGGAUGGUCUGCAACAAUAUGCUUGCGUUUCACUUAAUUUCCAGAUGUUGGGAGGACAUUAAAACACUCUACGGUGGAGACGCGUCCCCUCGCAUGUACGGCCAUGCAGUUGCCCCUAUUAAUACAGCUAAGGGACUUUUUCUGGUAAUGGGUGUAGAGUGCAAUCCGAAUGGCACUUUUAUGCCUUCACGCAAGCGUUCAAGAUCAAAGGGCCCUGGGACAAACUCUUGCAGGACAGUGAUGGGCCGACCACCCAACGCACAACGAUCGGGGUUAAGCAUCUACACUCUACGCUUAGAGGAUCGACUUGAGGGAUGGCGUAAAGUGGGGAUAUCCGACGCGGCGACACAUGGCCCCUGUGCUCGGGUCUAUUUCUCAAUAAAUAUUCCACACUCAAGUUUCACUGCCGCGUCUGAUGCGAGUUUGGAUUGUAGUGAAGAACCCCCUAUAGGAGGUGUGGCCUAUCUCGCCGGUGGUAGAAUCAGUUCUACCUAUCUCGUGGAUGUGUGGCGGUAUGAUCUCACAACGGGGCACUGGCGCGAGGUGGUGCUUCCGCCGCAUCCGACAUGCGAUAGAAAACUCUCUCCUUCUCUGGCCGUGCAUUCCCUACAAACACGAGCCCCUUCAGAGGUUCGGCGAGAUCGACGUGUAAACCCUUAUGCGGUGCGAUUGGUGCCUCUGAUUUACAGUCCCCCAAAGGGGCCAGCGCUGCAAAAUGGGGAUGGUAAUCCUUUAGAUGAGAGUGGUAAAUGGACAGAAUGGAUGACCUUUUUGCUGAAGGUACCACGCCGUGAGUCAUCGCAGAAUUGGUCUUCCUCACCUCUUCCCAGCUUAGCGGCUCUAUGCCAAAAGGAUGAGUCGGAAGGCAGUCUACCGAUGGGGCUUCUACCCGAAGAGACACCCACAUUGCUCACUGUACCUGUUACCAAGUGCGGCAAGCUAAGUAUGGCUUUAGAAACAUUCCUUGCUGUAGAUUCUGAGGCCACCCCAUGGCUCUUUUAUCUUAGCAGAGAUAAAAGGCUCGAUGUUGUUAGGGUGCAGGGGUUGUUGUUGUCAAGAUUUCAGGUGAAGCGCUGA